ACAAGCGGGUUUAGCUGGUCGGUUUAGGUUUGUGAAAAGUUGUGAAAAGAUCGUCCGCUGGAGCUGCUGCUCCUUUACAUCUGCAAGUCCCGAUAUCUUCAUGCAACUCUUCUGUUGAUUCUGUCUAUUUGAAGAGGAUCAACAAAAAGACACACAACAGGAGCUUGAUGUUGAUCCGACGCAGUGAGUACAACCGUGGUUCUUUUCCACCCUGCACAGCCCUCUUUUACAGGAUCUUUUCUAUCGGAUUUUGAAGAUGAUCAGGUUCAGGUUCCUUCUAGAGGAGUAGAAGCGCCUUCCCACAUCAUCAUAACCACGACCUGGCUUUCCCCGUAUAAAAUUUUUCUCCGCAGAAGUCGUGUUGCACUCUCUGGUUGAGGUUGGCAUCAAGCGCAUGAUCUCGCCACUUUGCUCCUUGAGAACUCUGUAAAAAAUGGAAGUUGCGGUCCUCGUGGAAUGAAAGCUGAUCUCUAACACUAAUUGACCACUAGUAGUACACAUUUUCUUAGAAAACGGUCGAAAAUGGACAAACUUGCGGAGGAUGACAAUGAUCCCUUUGCCGCAUUUGCGUUCCAAGAGGAGGAGAACGACGAGGAUGCGAAACCACCAGCCGCCGAACAAAACGUCGCCAAAAAACACGCGAAGAAGAGGAAGGUUGAUAGUAACCACGCUUCUCCUGCAGCGAGUUUUAUUCCAGUUGCAAAGUCAAAAAUGCAGAAGCUACCUGCCGCGAGGAGGGAGACAUCGAGGGCAUCGGGUGCUACAGGACAAGCCACCUCCACUUCUUCAUCCACAGCGAAGACGAAGCCGGCCUCUAAAGCAAAUACCGUUUCGACGAGUGCGACCACUACCUCCCAUGCCCGCCCGACCUCCUCGGCAGCGUCUUCGUCGUCGUAUUCGGGUACAACAAGUACAAGAAAACUUACUGGUCGGGGGCGUCCGGACGUUACAGUUAAUACACCAGCCCAGCAACCACUACAUCAACAGCCUUUUGUGAACACCAAGCAGCGGCAGAACGGGUUCCGCGAGCGGUGGCGAAGCGUGUGCGCUGAGCACUUUCGGGAUUCGCAGCCGUGCGACUGCUUUCCCGAGCUGCCGCUGCGGCUGCUGUUCCUUGGCUUAAACCCGUCGGAGGGGUCGUGGGAGUCCGGGGUGUCGUACGGCCACCCCUCGAACCUGUUCUGGAAAAUCGUGGUCGAGGCGAAAUUGGUAUCCACUGUAUAAAUGCAAAUGGGUAGCUAGUUUUUGACCACCGGGUCUGCAAAAAUCAAUCGACAGUGGAGGACAACUGAUGUAGGCUCACUACAAGGCCACGUUAGCAAGGGGCGAUUCUCGACCGACCGAUAUGUCCUGCGCAUUGUGCAUCAGAUCAUGUAAGAAAAGCUACGCUGAAAUCCAUGCUGCCCAGUCAGAGUUUACCGAUAUGUACAAUUGAUUUUCCAGACCUGAUAAUUCUUGACUACGCAUUUGAUUCGUCCUGCAUAACUUGUUCCCCUGACGCUCGAGGAGAAGCAGGAAGUGGAUGCUGACUUUUGCACCACACUCGCCCCUAUGCAUAGCAAAUAGGUUGUUGUGUCGUCCUCUGGGUCGAUCCAAAAUGUCAUGUUGCCGGUGUUGUGGUUGACAGAGAUUUUAACUACAGAUAUGGAAACUGGAGGCUGCUGGUCCUGGUGCCACACUACAACAUUUUUGUACUCGUAGUUCUCUUUGCCUUUCUGCAUGGCAAAUUAUAUUAGCCGCACGACAGCUGUUUUUCAUGCAUAGCCUGCAUCCAGAACAGACUGCCGAGUAACGAAAAUUUCCGGAUCGGCUGGUCCGAUCUCGGCUGCCGGGAGGCCGGAUCGGAUGCGAUUGAUAUCCCAAGGAAAAGAUUGCAUCACAAACAGUCUUGGCUUUGCGCUUUUUGCAUUAGAAGUUUGUUUGAAGUUGUGCAGUCUGCUUUCGUGUUCGCUCUCUCAUUCCACGUGCUAUCAGAAAUUCCUAUUCCGCAGUAGUUGAUGUGAUGGAAUUUUUCCUGUUGACAACAGAAUUCAGCGCUCUUUUGCUGCAAGACACCUGGUAUCCGGAUUUUUGCAGGCGGGGAAAGGUAUCAAACAGAAAAAAGCUAAAGCGUAUUUAUUAGCCGAGAACCUGUCAACAUUCGCAAAUAAGUAUGGAAGUCGAAGUUGUGCCGCAUGUCCAUGUUCGGGCUCGCAUGUUAUCCAUUCGUGCAUUACAUCCAGUACAAUCACGCUAGCCUUUUUCUAGAUGAUACAAAGCCCACGUAAAUCGGGUUCGAAGCGCGGAAAACAUGAGCAGAUUUUUCUCCUUCAUGCGCCCUGCGAACAACAGAGGUGCUGUCACCAGCAGCUCGAGCACCGGUGGGGAACAAGAACAACCGGAGCGCGGGCAGGAGCACCAGCAGCAGGGUCGAAAUGGUCUGAACUCCUCGAAGAUCUCCGGGAAACCAUCAUCUUCAUCGUCAAACACUCGCGCCGUGGCACCAUCAAACAAGACCCCGGUAGAGGAAGUUGCGACUGCAGCAGCAGCUCCGCACGGGAAGAGGAAAGCUGGCGUGAACCUCCAAAAAGAGGCUUCUUCAGCGGAACAAGACUCCUCGCCAAACAAAGUGGUUCUAGCCGCACGACGAGACCGAGAGGGUGAAUCAAAUAUUAAACCAAGUCGAAACUACGAUAAAGACGUGAGUACACCUCCGAUCGCACCUCCCGCAGGAAAUAGACCCGCGAACAAAACAAGAUCGAAGCAGUUGUUCGUCGAUAUUCAAGAUGUGCUGCCGAACGUUUCGUCGAAGGUGAAAAACAGCGAUCCUGUUCUUGAAAAAACAACCUUCGAACGCUACUGCGGCCCGGAAAUUGUCGCUUUUACCGGUAGAGUAUCCGAUGCACCAAAUAGGUCAACAUCUUCUGGGUCGUGUGGAGGAGGGAAGGGGGCGGGGAUGUUUCAUCUAUUUGUGGUUGUAAUUUUUCGAAUCGAGCUAUCAGUACUAGCACAGGUGGACACGACCCGUGCGACACCACAGACUUGUGUAAUAAAUGGCGACGAAGGAAAAAAAACACGUCGCGUUACGUAUCAAUACCCAUUGCAGGUCGUUUCUGCAUUCCCUUUUGCGACCGCUUUCCUCCAGUUCCAAACCCAGAUUGAUGCGUUUGUACCGGAUACACGAAGCAGUUUUUGGAUUUGAUGCAGGGAUUUGACCCGCUGCUGAAUCCGAAAAAUUUCAAGUACGGCAAGCAAGAUCGAUUGACGGUGAAAAAGCUACUCAACUGGCCGUUUGAUAUCACGCGGAAGAAUUGAUGGCUCGCAGCAAAGAACUUUUUGUCAUGCGUAGACGUACAAAAGAGUGAAGAUGAUGAAAACGAAAGCAAAGCAGUAUGAAUUAGCUGUGGAGGUGCAGCACGGAUAGUUGCCAUGAUGAUUUCAACCUACGCAAGACAGCUGCUCCUACUAACGUUGCAUGGUAAAUAAAAGCAUGCUGUAGUGCCACUUGUCGCGACGUCGAUAGCUGACAUUCACAAGACGGAAAUUUGGGUGCUACCUAGUACCAGUGGCCGCGCGGUGCUGACGCGGGAGGAAAGAUAUGGACCGUACAAGGAGCUUAUCAUAGCGAAAAUUGCUAGUAGCGGAUGUUGAUCAUGCUCCUCGUGUCGUAUCAACAAUAGCCAGGACAUGAAGAAAAUCUAUGAUGUGAUUGAUGCGCGCUUCUCACAGGAGUGCGAGUUAUCACGCAUACGCAUGAUCAAGGCCGCAAGUGCAACCAGCAAGACCAACUUUCCUCGCGCUUCGCACAAACGAAGCAAAGAAAUGGCAAAUACGAACGUCAGCUACUAGCUUUUUUCAGUAUGAUAGUGUUGUGCAAGAGGUUGUUCUACGGGCAUGAAAAUAAAGCGGUGGUGGAAGGGUAGAUUGAAAGAAGGAUCAUGAAUACGCACCACAAUUAUAUUCUCUUCGCGACCAACAAGACCGCCUUAUCUGUAGCCUUUGCACGCGAAAUCCAAAUUGAAACGAAAAAACAAGAAGACAAAGUACC